CUACUCGUCUUAAAUAGGAAAAACGUUGAUGUGUUUGGUCACUUCUAACUUUAUCUCUGAGUGGUACCAUUGAAUGAAUGGGGCUAAGCUAAAUGCUAUCGAAGUGUCGCAGCGCGCCCCAGCGCUUACGGGCACGCACUAAGAUGAUAGAGGGAUGUAUCAACUCUUCUUAGUUAAGGAACUGCAGGUUCAAUAAGGAUUAAGACAAAUUCAACACAUACUUCACAGUUCUUCAUUUCAUUACCCACUUAUAGUAUUGCAUAAGCAUCAAAAUGCCAAUACAAUUUAGCGGAUGGAAGUCCUACAGCGAGAAAUCAAAGCACCUUAAAGCAGGCCAAGAACCCAAAAAAAGCCACGGCUACAUUAUGUACCACGGGACACACAAAAGCAAUGCUACAGCUAUCAUAUCAUCAGGAUUCAGAGCCUCUAGUGGAGGAACUCUAGGCCCUGGAGUCUACUGUAGCAGGGACAUUGGCAAAGCCAUGGGUUACCCGGGAUCCUGUGCUCCUGGUGAAAGAGUUGUGUUCAAGCUGCGUGUGAGAGUAGGUAAAGUGAAGAGGAUUGACUCCCAGAAUUUGCACUUAAAACUCAGUUGGCAUCAGAAUGGAUACGAUACAGCCUGGUUGCCAGCCGCCGUUGCUGGAAUGGAAGAAGACUGUGUUUGGGACCCAAAGCGAAUCACUGUGAUCGGAAUAGCACAUUGCACAGAUACCAGCACUAAGAGUUCCCUGGAGAGUCUCAUAAAGCAACAUGGACAGGUGCAGAAUGGGAAUGGGAAAAGUUUGGAUCAGUGUAAGGGAUGUGGAAUGCAGACAAAAGAUAAACACACAAUGGUGAAAUGCUGGUCCUGUAAGGCAUCCAUAUGCCCUUUCAUGGAUAAGCAUGUCUGCCAAAAGAACUGAGGGUGUGAUUUUGUUUGUUUAUUAGUUUUAAUUUCCAAACCAUCACUACAAAAAUGAACAUCAAUUAAUGUUUUGGCAAACUGUAUUUACUGUACGUGUUUCUGUGUGAUAUCAUCAUUACAUGAAUCUCUGGAAUACUUGUGUCACGGCAGGUCUGAUACCUCCAAUAACAUCUGCUAAAACUGAUAACACGCUACUCAUCUGUCAUCUUUACCAGUCCUCAUGUUUAUGUCUCCUUUCUAAUGUCGGCAAAAUAUUUCAAAUCAAUAUUUCAUGUCCAAUUAUUUACUUGUGGCAAUUAGUCAUUUGAUAAGCAGGAUAAUGUACAUUCAGUUGGUUAUCAUUGAAAAAUAUCCCUGACAGUGGCUAUUGAUACUGAAACUGUAAAAUUAGCAUAACAAUAUGUCUAUUGAGCUAAUUGUAUCAGGUAAAGAAAACCAUCAGUAAAUACAAACCUUUGUGCUUUUAAUGUGAUUUUAUUUCUAGUAAUUCAGAAAGAAAUGUAGUUAAUUGCAUAAUGAUUAUAUAAUAAAUUGUUUAUAUUUUAAAAGUACAAUUUUAUUUAAAUAAAACAAUUUAUCGUUUAAUCGUUGAAGACAUUACAUAUUAUAUUUAUAUUAUGUUAUAUAUAUUCCCAUGCCUUUCUCAUAUAUUUGCUUAUUUUUGUGUCUCUGGCCUUUCACCUCGCGUUUCUUUUUUCUUGGAAUCUUGAUUAGUUUUUGUUUAUUUAAGUCCUCAUAUACUUUUUGUUGUUUGUCAGGUCUUGUAUUGUAGGUUGCUACAGGUGACAUUAAUUUGGUAUUAAUAAAUAUCCUGGAUCCAGCUGCAUUCCUGUAUGAUUACCCCAUUUUACAAAAUUAUUAAAAUUGUCUGUUUAUUGACAAAAAAAAUAUAUAAAAUUUUUUAAAUGUCUGCAAUUACACUUCAGCACUAAUUUUGGUUUCCACUUGGAGCUGCACUGUAAUAUUUUAAUGAUACAUCAUUUGUGUUUUAUGGCGCCGUUGGAAGCUAGUUAUUUUCGUUUUUAAAUUAGGAUAUUCUACAACAACACCUCGCAGAUUACCCUCAGAAGGCCUUUGUUUAUCAUUGUGGAGCCGUUUGGAUUUAUUUUGUGAAGGAUGGAUGCACAUUUUUUGGACUUGAAGGUCGUGGACCCCGUAACUUUACAUUUGAUUAACUGAAAGAUCUAAAGCAUUUUCUAAAAUAACUGAAAAUUGUUUGUCUGAAAAAUUAUGGAAAUAUGCAUGUCAGACAGCUUGGGGGUGAGUAAAUCGUGGGUUUAAUAUCAUUUUUUGCCAAACUAUCCCUUUAAAUACCAUACAUUACAAUAUCCUGCUUAUUUCAUGGCUUUUUACCUCACAAUUAAGGAAAGGAAUUUUAUUUGCUUAUUUUUAACAAAUGCAGACCUUCAAAGAUUAGAUAAGAUGUUUAAAUGUCACAAACACACUAUUUGUUAUUAAAAGACAUAUUUAUAAUUUUUGUGUGAAAUUAAACUGUACCUGUAAAAAUGA